UGAAAAUGUAAAAUGUAAACAAGGAAUCAGCAUUAAAAGCAGACACAGAAUAACAACAAACUUACAGGUUAAAACAUGUACAAGAUACAAUGAGUGCAAGGAUAUUGGUGCAAGACGGAGAAAAUGCCACUAUCUACUGCAAUGUUGGUGGUGCCCCUCAGGAUGGUGUGUACAUGUACAAAGACAGAUAUAAUCGGAAAAAAAUGUGCUACUUCUAUAAUGAUGGUACCUUCUCUCCAAACAAUGCCUACAAAGAUCGGUUGCAGACAAACAGUAACUUGCACAACUUCUCUUUGACCAUCUUCAACGUGACCAAGCAAGAUUCAGAUGUUUACUGGUGUUCUUUUAACAAUUUAGAUAAAAUCACUGAAAGCAGUUCUACUUUGUUAAUUGUGACAGGAGCAAAAUGCAAAAUGGACAAUGCAACAUAUGUGUACUAUCCGUAUCUGUACGUGAUAAGUUUUCAGUUCUUCUUUGUGGUGAUCCUGGUGAUAUUACUGGGAAAGCUGUGUCAUGACCUCAGAAAAAACAAACCUGUUAAACAGUCUUCAAACAGUGAGUAUGAGGUGAUGCGUGGUGGCCAGACUGCCAGAUUUUUAACAAACCCUCAGUAUGAUUUCACCCGCUGCAACACAAACAACGAACCUGAAAUGCAAAUCUGUAAAAAGUAAAGACCAAACCACUGAAUGAUUGUGUAACAUUUAUGUACAGUAAGUGCUGAAAGUUUACAUACACUUGUAAGGAACAUGUAUCUCAGUCUUAAUAUUUAAUUUUUCCUUUGUCCAGACACAGUGAUAAAAGAAGAGAAACUAAACUCUCAAACAACAUUAAAAGCUGUUGAUUUAAAAUUAGUUUUUUAAAGCUUGACUAAAUGUAGCUGUUGAUCACAAAUAAACUAGCAGGAAUGACAGCUUCUAAGCCGAUGGUAAUGUGUUACAGCAGCUUUUAAUUCAACUUUGGGUUCCAUGUAGUCAAUCAUAAUAAUCAGUAAUGAGGAAUCAGGAGGUCACAAAGUCUGGCAUGUACAGUCAGUACAGACUGCAUUUUUCACCUGCACGAGUCAAGUUCAUACACUUGACUGGCACUGUGUAUGGAGGGCCACACCCCCAUCAGCAUUAUUCCUCAGCCCUGUGCAGGCGCCAUCAGUCAGCCAGCAGGGGCCGCAGUUGCACCAGUUAUGAGGACCUAUGAUCCGACUUUCUUACCCUCUAACCCUGAACAACAGCCAAUUGUUCAUGCUGCCGUCCAGCCCAGUCGGAAAGGCAGAGAUGAGAUUUGAUACAAUGUAUUCGAAACCCCAACUCUGGUGCGCUAGCGUACUUUACCGCUGUGCCACCUGAGCGGCUUCACAAAGUUAUUAUUAAACUUUCUACAAACCAUAUCAAUCAUCUAAACACACUUUGGCUUUUUUUUUUGGAAAAUCAACAAUAAAACUGUAAAACAACUGAAAUGUGUAAAAGGUUUUAGAAAUUAUGGUGUGACAAGUUAUUUAAACUUUUGAGUUCAACUGUAAAUUACAUUCAUUUUUUUAUAAAAGAUGGGCCGCGCUAGCCCACUAACACUGCGAUAAAGGGUUCUUAUCUUCAGUGGUGCUUUCACAUUGUCUGGUGUCUACAUGGCUGUUGGGGAAUAGGUGGGUGGCUGGCUGGGAUAAAGUGGCAGUAAAACAUGAAAAUGAAAUGAAAGUGAAGAAAAUGGACUGGAGAAAGCAGAAUAGUGAGGGUUGUUGAAAAGCACAUUUGACUGACCGGACCACCUCACUUGAGUCCUGCAUGGACUUAACCAACACAAUUAGCCAUGUUUGUCAGAGGAAAAGUCAGAUGGGGUUCCUCUUCUUCGCCGCUGCAACAGCAACUUCCAAUUUUGUUUGAGGUGUCUGCACAAGCAGUAGAUGAUUACAGAGUAGUGUGGUCCUCCAUAUGUGCUGAGACCCUUCAUAAGAAUCCACUGCUAGCAAAACCUGUGUUUUACUGUUUUUAUGUUUUGUGUUAUGGAGAUAACACAGCCUUUUUUAUUAUAACUACUGUUUCAAUCAAUUUAAUAAUGUAAUUUUGAUGUGAGUUUGUCAUAAUUUCUGAUGGUAUUUAAACAUUGUAAAGCUGCAGUCACACCAGCUUUUUAUUAGCAAAGUUGGCCAGGUGAAAUUCAAUCCAGUAACAAAUCCCUUGCAUGUCAGAUGUGAUUGGUCUUCUAAUUCUGUUUAGCUUUCUGCUGGAAGUUUUUCUAAGUUCCUGUUUUAAAUAAAAAAUUCAAGUUCUACAUUUUAAUGCAGACCCUCAUGCCAACUUUAUUCUAUUAGCUAUAGUAAGAGUUCUGAGAGUUGAUAUGAGAAGUAAAAAGCAGAUGUAUAUAAAUAAAAAAGAUUUU